UAAUCACGAUGGCCAUCCAACCAAUCAGAGAGAAGCGACGAGUGGACCCGGCUCACCAGUGCCAUCUCCAUGGCGACCACGGCGACGGAGGUAGGGCGCCCGGCCUUGUGAUGUCCGCCUCCACCACCCCACCUCGCUCCCUGCUCUCGGGCCGCUUACUCGAAACGUCAGCCCACUUAUCCCUGUACCGCAUACGACAGCGGGAGGAGGAGCGGCGGCGGCGUCGGCACGGCACGGCACGGCGGCUUGGCAGCGCGAUUCUCGCUGGGAACCCGACAGGCGAGGAGUUGGGUCGCGAUCGCCGGUCGACAUCAGCGGCCAUUGCGGGUUGCAGAUGGAAGACCCUGAUGAGACUGAGGGCUCUGCAAUCCCCGUGGACCCCCUGGCCCCCGCGUCCAUGCCUGCGUGGAGGGUUCUCCUGAGCGACCCUUGCCUAGCCCGCCUCCACCACACCUGCACAGCGGCGCACGGGGGGCAGCUGCUCUACGUGGUGGGGGGUCUGGCGCGGCCGGGAGGGCCGCCUCUGUCGGAUGUCGUGGCCGUGGAGCUGCGCGGAGGCCAGGAUGGCACCACCGCGGCGGUGCGGGCAGUCCCGGGCCCCGCGCCGCCGCCCCGGAGCCACCACGCUGCGGCGCUCCUGUCCCGUCGGUGGUUGCUGGUGCUGGGCGGCUGGGACGGGGCGCGGCGCACGGCGGACGCGUUCCUGCUGGACACGGAGAGCGAGGGCGCCGGCUGGCGGACCCUCUCCGAGGAGCCGGGCAGCGAGCCGCCCGCGGGCCUGAGCGGGCACUCCCUCACGGUGGUGCGCGAACCGGCGGGCCGCGCGGAUGGCCGUGUCGAGCUGGUAGUGCUAGGCCGCGAGGGCGGCGUGCGCACGCAGCGCCGCCACGGCUGCCUGUACCGCGUGCGCUUGCAUCCGGGUCGCGGCACGCUGCGCUACGAGCCGCUGCCCGCCCUCGUAGCGUCCCGCUCGGGACACUCGGCCACGAUGGCGCGGGAGCCGAGCGGAGGAGGACACCGCCUCCUCGCGUUCGGCGGCAGGGACUCCAGGGAACUGGAGGUGGUAGCUCGCUGGCCGGCCCGAGGGCCCGGCUCCCUGGAGCUUGGCUCGCUGCCGGAGUCAGUCAGCUCGGAGGAUAGGGCCCUGGAGCGGUACCUCUGGGCCAUCGCGGUCCCGAGCCGUGGGCCCCCGCGUGCCCUGCGCCUCCAUACGAUGACGCCGCUGGGGCCGCGGAUCGCGCUGCUGUCUGGCGGAGAGGAGAGCUUCUCCUGCGUCUCGUCCCCGUCGCGCCGCGCCACCAAUCUGCGCCUCCACCUCCUCGACACGAGCCGCGCCGAGUGGCGGACCCUGCAGGCCGCAGCGCUGGAGCGCAGCGCGCAUUGCGUGUGCAUGCUGGGGGGCCACGUCCUUGCAGUGGGGGGCCUCCCGAGCCGCGGGGGGCACCCCUGCCCUGAGCUCUGCAUCCUAGAGUUGUCACCAGAACUCCCCGAGGUGUGAGCUUGGCCAGUAAUGUGUCCCUGUUGCAGCCAGCCCCGUGCUGUGUGGACAGAUUCAGCCUCUGCUGCCGCACUGCCAGCGCUGUCUGCCACUUUUAGAGGUGUAUGCGUUUUACUACCACGUAUGCCAGGUCACUCUUGCGUGAGUACUAGGUGGUUAGCAUGAUAACUAUGCAUUGUGUAGUGUUACUAUUAUAACUGCAAUAGUCAUAUUUGUUCCGGAGCAUUAACAAUUGCAGAAUUGAGUGGCUCCCAAACCCUGGACACCCUUGCAAACGAGAUGCUCCUUCUGAAAGCAUGUUCCAUGUGAAAUAUAGUAAUAAAUAAACUCUGAAUCAUGUCACCACCAUGGCAGGGUCACAGGAUCCAAGGGUCUCCUGGUCCCUUGAGGAUUGCCCUGGGUGUCCUCCAGUGACAGCCGGUUCCUUGAGUUUCCUCUUUCUAUUGAAAUCCAUGAGGAGAUACUCUCUCACCUUUGGUUCCUAUGCUGUAGCAUCGGGGUAGAAAUAAAUAAAAAUAAAUUUCAGCCACUCUUUACCACACUGAUCAGUGGGGAUUGAUGAAGGGGGUGCAGAGAGGUGGAUCCAGAACUGGUACUGAAAUCACUUUCCACUGUUUUCUAUAGCUGGGAAUUGAACUCAGGUGGCCAGGUUCACAACACGCUAACCACUGCGCUACCUCUCCUCCAUAAUUGAAGCAGCACGCAGACUGAAUUGUUCGCACGGGAGAAAGGCAUUUCAAGCCAUUUUGAGACAAGUUUCAAACAACACAGAAACAUUGUUGCUCUGUUGCCACUGAUGCACCUCAUUGGUUAACCGUCACUUACAUUAGUUUUCUCUGUCCAUGGCACAAGGCUUAUGUGACGACAAUCAGGAGACUUCCCUCUGUUGACCGUUUUAAAAUUCAUUGCAACGCUCUUUGACUUUAUGCAGAAAUGUGAAUUUAUAUUUUUCACUGGAGUUAUUGAUUGUCUUUUUCCCAACACACUUUCACACACACUGCUGUGAGUCUCUAUAGUGUUACUGCCUCCUGCCCUCUUCUCUGCUGGUCGCAAUCUCUCAACUCAUUAGCACAACACGGUUGCUUUGAAGAUCAUUACCCAAUCCAAUCCUAAUUUAUGAAUGGAUUCUUGAGAUUAAAGUCCAAAGUGAAAGAGAUUUCCUGCUGCUUGAAUGAGCAUUGAGGUAUUGGUGCUCAUCUCUUGUUUACAGCCCUGAGCCAGUGGUGGUACUCAAUUUGUCAAUUCCAGAGGGGUGUUGGGCUGAGUCAACCGCCAACCAGGAUUUUAAUUCGGAAACUUCUGAUUGUGAGCGGCUUGCUCUACCACCUAGCCAUCUGGCCGGUUAUUGAUUGGGCACGACAUUUUCUCAUCCUGUAAAUGUUUGGGGAAGUGCUGUUUGCCAGCACAUGUUCAAUUCCAUAUGGUGAACAAGUAGGUGAUGAGGCCAGUACCACGCCCAGCCGUCUUUGUCUCCCCAGUGCUGAUGCUUGGUCCCACCCUAACGGGUAUCCGCGCUUAGUUGUACAGUCCUGAGUCAGUCUCAUUAAUCAUCGUCAAAUAGAGCAGUACCACUAGCCUCCUUAAUUACUUCCCCCCUCCCUUACGUGCCUCUGCUCAUUGUGUAAUGUUAGCCAACAUCUAUAUAUAAAAAAAAUCAGCUCAAGUCUCUCGUAUAAAUCUCUUGAUGUCUGCGUGGCCACCCCCACUCUAAAUUCCUCGCUACCCCCUGUGAAAACAUGUAUGUCUCUUGAACUUCUUUCGCACUGGACGUAGCCACCCAUGCAAAUCGAUGCUGCUCCGUUAUAGCUAAUUUCUGCUGCCUGCUCGAACCUUCUCUUCCCUCCUCUCUCAUCACCCUUUCAUCCCCGACAUCUUGGCCUGAUUAUUUCCCCCCCUCCUCCCCUUCCUGCCCGGCGCUCCUUCUGUCUUCCUGCUGCUCAUCUUGAGCCGUCUUUGUCUUGAAGACUUCCAUCCCGGCAUCCCUGCCCUUUUGUGCAACUGACUUUAUUCCACGUGGUGUGCCACCGGUAAAAAAAAAAAACGUGGAUAGAUUACUUUGGUCAUUCGCCGGCAGCAUCUGAAAUGUGCACCAUGUGGCUGCUCCUGAAGUCAUCCACUAGCUCACCAACCCCCACACGAACAUAACGAUGCUGCAAUGUGAAAGAAUAGGAAGAUUGCACCAACCGAUUACUUUUCUUGGUUUGGGAGAAAGUCGUACAUCGAAUAGUGCGUGGUAAAUCGAUGAAUUGAGAAAUUAUGCAAAUCAUUUGGUGAUGUACGUGGAAGAAACCAGAGCUCAGCUUGAACAUGUGCUUAGUUGAGGUAUAGCUGCUGUGGUGCCAUAGUUGCCUGUUCAAUUCCAGUUGAACAAUUUUCAAAAAAUCCACCCUCCCCGCACCCGCCUCCGUCCGCCCCACAUUGUAAUGGGUACACACCAUGUUACUAAGUCGACCGGCAAGAUGCGUGUAGUGGGGUAAAGUGUGGGUACGCCCAUCACUUCCAACACGUAUGGUCAACGUGGAAGAGGAGGCCAAAUACCACUCGAGAGUUCGCUCCAACUUAGGCGCUUCCACCACCAGGUAGCGUGAGAAAGCAAUUGCAGGGCCGUGCCUUGACAUUUUUUCCCCCAAAUCGAUUGAGAUUGGUGGAAGUGAGGCUUAAUUUCUCAUGGUAUAUUUUCCGAGCCCCUCCUCCCAACUAUCAACGUCCCUGAUCCCGAGAGGAAAUAUUUCCCGCAGCUCAACCCCGGGACAGCUGUGGCUAAAAAUAAGCCUUGGGUGGGAGAUGUGGAGAAUUUGAAAUAAAAAGGUUAUUUUCUC